AUGUCUGUCACCGUUCACGCACAGACUCACUCACUUUGUUUAAAACGUUUUGCUGUAGCAUCAGUUGUUUCUUCUUACCCCAUUGAGAUUAUUAUGGACUCUUCACACGCGUUUGUAGGGGACUUUGGCAUGAAUAUCAAUAGCAGUGACACUCGGUUUAUGAACCAGUUUAAUUUAGGUGGCAACAACGGUGGGAUUGAUUUCUCCGGUGGUCUAGACUUUAGCAAUGGCGUGCAUCUCAUGACAGACUCGUCAAUGAUGCUUAAUAGCAACUCGUCUACGUCAAUGGCGGGGCUCAUUGACUUUCCAGACGAACUUGAUUCGCCAAAGCUAACGGGUCGUGACUCGAGCAGCAGCAGCAAUAUGAUGAUAGCGGAUACUUCUAUAUCGAUGAUGACAACUGCUUCACCGGCUUUGACAACAUCGACAGUUGAUGCAAUCCCGUUCCCAGCGUCACUGGCCUCCGAGUCGCUAGCUAGCAGUGGCACGUCGUCAUCAUCAUCGUCGACGGGUCUGGAUGUGGCAAACUUUAUGAAUACAACUACGACGAGUAGUACGAUGGGAAACAAUAGCAAUGAGGUGAGUCUUAAUAUGAACGUGGGUAUGAACACGGGCAUGAACCCUAACAUGGGUGUAAACAGUAUGGGGAUGGAUAUGAGUGGCAACAAUUUUGGCAUGAACGAUGCAAACCAGGUAAUGUUUAACAACAUGCAGCAGCAAAUGAACAUGAUGAACCAGCAGCAGGGAUCGUACUACAUGCCUCAACAACAGAUGCAGCAGCACUAUAUGCAAAUGAUGCAACAACAGCGUCAGCUGAACCUCCAACGUCAGCAGCAACAACAGAAAAUGCUGCUUGAGCGCCAACGACAGGCACAGCAGCAGCACGUACACAAAAAUAACCAGCAAGCGCAGCAACAUUACGCAACACAGCAUAAUGCGCAGCAAAUGCUUGCGAGAGGCCAUGUUCCAUCUCAAAUGGCAGCGCAAAGUCAAUUGAGUGGAGGCAAUCGAAGCGCCAAUGUAAACAUGAACACUACGCGCUCCCAACGUCAAGCUCCUGGUCAACAUGCUGGAUCCGUGACUUCUGCAACGCGUCCAACGUGGCAAUCGUCGGCUGAUCAGGCAUUGCGCAAGGAGAUGCUGAAUCAUAUUAUGCGAGUGCUGCAAAACCAACGGUCGAAUGCUCCAGCAAACUGGUUGCAGAAGCUGCCAGAGAUGGCACACCGUCUCGAAGAUGAGUGCUACCGUAUUGCUUCUUCACGUGAAGAAUAUGCAAACACAAGCACGCUACAAUCGCGGUUGCGCAGUAUUGUGCGCAGUGCCCAGACUCACCAACGAGUUGUUGGAGGCAACACAGUGCGCCAGCCUGGGGCACCGAACCAGUCGUCGCCAGCGAUUACGAGAUCUGAAAUUAUCGCGUCUUCUGGGACCCCCAUUCCGUUUCCUGGCCUACAGGCUGUUACUCCCGCGUCGAAUGGGCUAGGCCCGGACUCGAAAAGCCUGGCUUCUCAGGCUAUUCAAAUGCCGCCAGAACUUCGGGACCCGCCGUCACAGCUAAACACUCCUGUCAAAGCGGAUGCAUCUCAUGUUCAGUCUCGCAUGCAGUCAACACUUGCGGGGUUCGAUCCAGUCAUGUCGGAGCGUCUGUCUAUGGGUAGUACAAGCAUUUCACCCCUUUUUGGGCAGAACGAUAUGCCAACAACUGGAGGUACUAGUGCAUCCAAUGGAAAUGAGAAUGCUACAGGCUCCGGCCAUCAAUUAGCGAACUCUCCAGCUUCGACUGCUCAUAACAAAUCUGCCCAGAUUAUUUGGCAGUUUAAGGCCAAAGCCCAGCAAGUAACAUCCGCAUUGGACAAGAACCAAACAACAGAGUACCACAACAAAUUGCGACUCAUGGUUCGUGAAGAUGUAAAAACCGCUGGAUCGAAAGAAGUAUUGCAACGUCAGCAACAACGGUUGCUGAUGUUACGGCACGCUAUGUGGUGUAAAUCGCCGGAGGGUAUGUGCACAACCACGCCAAGCUGUGGUGAGAUGAAGCGACUGUGGGCUCAUAUGACUGCCUGCCGACAGACGAAUGCAUGUACUUACAGCCAUUGCAUCUCGUCUAAGUACGUGUUGUCCCACUUCCAGCAAUGCGCAAAUGCGAAGUGUCUCGUGUGCCAAGUUGUUCGAUAUCCUGUGGAAGUAAAAGAGAAAAAUGGUUCGUUAAUGCUUGAUGCAGACCGUGCAUUGCAGCAGAUUAUUGCUGCGAGCCAGCGUCGGCAGCGGAUGCUUGCAAUGAAAAAGCAGCAGGAAAUGCAACAGCAGCAACAAAUCCCCUCGCAAGCGCAGCAGUCCAUGCCACUGGCCAUGCCUGCACACUUACAGCAACCUCAAAACAGUGUGGCAAUGAACUUCGAACAUCAACAACAUAAUGUUGGACGUGCUGUAAACCAAUCUGUUCCAGUAGUCCCACAGAUGAACGCAUUGGGAAUGGCGAUGCCGAAUGGAGACACCCAUGCCGUCCCUAUGCCGACAGCACUGUCUAGCGCAGGGUCAAGUAGUGUGAUAAGAAAUGUGAAAGCAGAGAAGAGUGGGGCUCCUAUGAACCUUGAUCCGGAUGACCAGCGGCAAUUUCAACUCAUUAAGCAAAAGCUAAGCGGACGUUCUUUGGAACAGCUGACUGCACAUUGCGUGAAGCUUGAAAAGUGGGUGGAAGAAAUUCGUGCGCGCAUGAAUGCCAUUAUGAAUGAAUGCCGGCAGUUGUUGCAUCUCUCAAACUCUACACAAGACCCAAUGCAGCAAUCUAAGUAUGAAGCGCAGGUACAGGAGAAACGUACUAUGCUCAAGCAAUUGGAUGUGAAGUUUAAGCAAUGCAGGAGUCAGCGGAACAUUGUAAAGCAUGUGAUCAAUGAGCGCAAUGCUAUUACAUCAACGUCAGCUCCAAACGGCGUCGCGUCCACUCAGACAGUCAUGAAUAGUGCAGCGCCUGCAUUGCAACCUAUUCCAAUGCCAGUCCAAAUGCAACAGCAAAAUCCUCUCCAACAGGUGCAGCAAUCGACUGCUAAAGGCCUAGCGAUAUCAAUAAAGCCGUCACCUGAUGAUCUGCUGGGUGACGAAGAUUUGGAUGUUAUUUUGAAAGUGGAUGGCAGCCUUUCAGUCGCAGGAAAGCCGCUGGAAAUGCCAAUGGACCUCCAAGACGCUGCUGCGACUUCAGGUUCAGUGGCUGCGCCGUCAAACACAUUGACAACUUUGCACGAAAAUCCAACGACCAACCUUUCAAUGACAAUGAUGAAUGGCUCACGACCCGUCUUGUCGAUGAAAUAUGCCCAUGGUCAUGGAGUUGACCCAAAAAAACAACAAAAAGUGCAGUGCGAUGCAAAACCGGACAUUAAAUCAUCAGCAUCAGCGUCGUGCGGUGUUAGGGUAAAAGAAGAACCCGAGACUACAUCUGGUGAAUUAGGGACAGCUACUAAUCAGUGUUCUGUGAAGGAAGAUGCAGCAAUCAAUCCACUAACGAUGCACAACUCAAAGCUGAAUGCUAUGAUGGUGGAACAUCGUCGAAUGGACGCCAGUACAACUUUGCAGCUGCCCGCAGGUGCCGUGAGAACACCGAAAGCAAUGAUUGUGACUAGCGCAAGUGAGUCGAACUCGAGUUCAGCAGCUGUGGCGACGCCGGCACCUCCGGCGUCCUCGGAAGUUCCGAUGUCUGUGCUGAACGAGUUGAGCAAUGAGAACCUAGCUUCUCAUAUUGACUCACUGCUUGCGGGAUACAAUGCAACCGUGUCUCCUGUAGAUCUUAAAAAGAAGCUGGAGGCGAUUUUAAAAGGAAUGAUGGAACACAAGUUUGGAUGGGUAUUCAACACACCUGUAGACCCAGUGGCUUUAAAUAUCCCGAACUACUUUAAGAUAAUUCGGAAGCCGAUGGAUCUGGGAACUGUUAAGAAGAAACUUGAAGUAGGCGUUUACAAGCACACUGAGGAAUUUGCAUUCGACGUGCGUACUACAUUUGAGAACGCUAUGCAGUAUAACAGUGAAGACCAAGACGUCUACAGUCUUGCGAAAGAUAUGCUAUCCGACUUCAAUGGUGAAAUGCGCAAGUUGAUCGCCGAAAUUGAUGUUGAUGAAAAGGCGGCCCGUGCGAAAGAGAGCUCAUGCCGCCUAUGCGGUAUUGAGCGCAUGGUUUUUGAACCAGCAGUGUUGUACUGCAACGGUGAGUGUAAUAGUCGCAUACGACGUAACUGCUACUACUACACAUCAGCAGAUAAUAAGUAUCACUGCUGUCAUCAAUGCUACGGCAACUUGGCUGAUGUCAUAAAGCACAAUGAAGGCCGCCAUGAGAAAAAGCCGCAGCUGAUCAAGACCGAAAACUGCCAGCCGACAGAUAGCAGUGGUACAGCUUCGUCUCCUUCUUCGACUGGUACAAAGUCUUCCAAAGUCACAACUACUACUACGCUUGUAAAGAAUAUUCCAUCCUUGGAAUCGAAGGGAACGGUCCACUCUAUUACUACAUCACCCGGAAGCGAAUUUUUGUGCCCAGAAUGUUUACUAGAGCAUCGUAAAAGCGAGCCAGAGAAGUAUCGAAUCGGCCGGCAUGCCUUUAGUGCAAAAGAUUUACCGCGCACGAAGCUGUCAGAUUAUCUGGAACGUCGCAUAAAAAAGUCAUUGCAAGCAGAGCGCGAGGACGAGGCAAAAUGGACACAGCGUGAUAUAAAAGACGUAGAGACCGCCGAUGGCCUCGCUGUGCGUUUGGUGUCAAACAUUGAGAAACAGUUGAUGGUGCGCGACAAGAUGUUUCAGCGGUACAAAGAUUCUCACAAGUAUACGUCUGAGCACCGAUUCAAGUCCAAGUGCAUCUGUAUGUUCCAGGAGCUGGACGGCGUGUCAGUCUUACUGUUUGGUAUGUACGUUCAUGAGUUCGACGAGCAAGAAGCAGAUUGUAACUCGCGACGUGUUUACAUCUCGUAUUUGGACUCUGUGAAUUACUUUAAGCCAGCGCACCUUCGAACAAAAGUGUACCAUGAACUGUUGAUUGCAUACUUUGACUUUGUCAAGCAACGUGGCUUCCACACGGCACACUUGUGGGCAUGCCCGCCCCUUAAAGGAGACGACUAUAUUUUGUACUGUCAUCCGGAGGCACAGAAAACGCCAAAGUCUGAUCGAUUGCGAGCUUGGUAUGUGGAUAUGCUGAUUAAGGCAGAGGAGGAGGGGGUUGUGUGGCAAAUCACGAACAUGUACGACGAUUACUGGCGCAACGACAAUACUCCAUGCGCACUACCGUACUUCGAAGGCGACUACUGGGUCGGUCUGGUAGAAGACUUGAUCGAAAAGCUGGAUGCCGAAAAGCCAAAGAAGAUUGUAAACAAACGUGGUUCCAAGUCGCAGAAGCGCAAGAAUUCGGAUACGAAGAAAGCAGCAACCAAGAAGUCCAAAUCGAAGAAGGCCAAACGUCGCAAGACCGUAUCAGGUGGAGAGGUAUCCGGCGACGAAGGUGAAGACGAUGACGGCCACGAGGAGACGUUAUCGACGAGCAAUCGUACGCUUACCGUGAAGUCGUUAGACACACCUGACCGAAAAUUAUCGGACCCUCUUAUGCAAAAAUUGAGCGAGGUGAUCGAGCCUAUGAAGGAUGAUUUUUUGGUAGUGAAGUUAGUGCCUUGUUGUCGGGUGUGCAAUACGUCUGUGGUGCAGGGUACGUUGUGGCGUGACCAUGCUGUGAAGACCGAACAUGGUCUAAACCCGAAGGUGGUGCAAACUGCAUUGUGCGAUGGAUGCUUUCAAAAGCUGAAGGUUGCAUGCGCUACAGGCUCGUCAGCUGCUCACCACCGACUGCAGACACGAUUGGGUGCGCUUACAAAAGAAACCGUGACAUUGCCAGAGCGCUGUACAGACCCCGACGAUAUAAACGACAACUUCGACGUGUGCGAUACUUGCAAUGCCAAGGAGAAGCACGAACACCCGCUGGAAAUGGUGCCUACGAGCGGCAUAGGUGCCGGAGGUGCUGCAGGUGGUGCUGGUGGCUCUGGAGGAGCUCCGGCACUUACACCGGAGAAGCGACGUCUUCGCGAACAGCGUGCGAAGAACGUUCGUUUACACAUGCAGUUGCUGGUUCACUCGAGCUCGUGCGCUGAUGGCAACUGCGGAUCGUCAAAUUGCGAGAAGAUGAAGGAACUGAUGCGGCACGGAGCACAGUGCAAGCAGCGAGCGUACGGCGGUUGCACGAUCUGUCGGCGAGUGUGGGCACUUUUGCAGCUUCACGCCCGUCAGUGUCGCCAAUAUGAAUGCAAGGUGCCACGCUGUCAUGAUCUUCGUGAGCACGUUCGCAAAUUGCAGUUGCAGCAACAGCUUAUGGACGAUCGCCGACGGGCAGCAGUUACUCAGCAGUAUCGUCAAAUGCAGAGCGAGCGUCAGCAGGAGCAAGAAAAUCGAGCUCAAGGUGAUGAGACCAUGUCGCAGGCAUGA